UGACUUAAAUGUCUUCCUUUUCUUUUCAGAUGGCUUCCAUACAUAUCAGUGUUGGUCUGCUUCUGAUCCUUGGACUGGUACAGAUCAGUACGACUUCUUUCUAUGAUGGGAUUGAGGAGUUGGACAAUGAUGUUAUCCUAAGAGCUUCACAAGAAGCAAAGAAGUUCGUGGACACUGCCUAUAAGCACACCCGUGAACUCCUCAAGAAUCGACUGAAAAGCAAAUCUGUGAGCCCUAGUGAUGUCAUGGCAUAUUUCAAACAACCAGUGGCCACCAGCAGGACACACAUUAGGGCUGCUGACUACAUGCAGACAACCCUUGAACUUCUAACUGAGAAAGUGAAGAGCAUCUACAGCAGACCCUUCAACAUCUCAGAUGUGUUGACAGCAAACCAGCUAGACACUCUAUACAAGGUUUCUGGAUGUGCUUUCCUGCAAUUGCCAAAACCUUGUCCAAACAGUCGAUAUCGCACAUUCACCGGUGAAUGCAACAACAGGAGAUUCCCCGAUUUUGGGGUUUCCCAAAAGCCAUAUUCACGGUUGUUGCCAGCACAGUAUGAAGAUGGCAGAUCACUUCCUCGAGGCUGGACAGAGGACCGAAAAAUCAAUGGAUUCCAAUUACCCCUGGCACGAGCUGUAUCCAAUCAAAUUAUCCGAUUUCCCGAAAAAGAACAGACGCUGGACAAUCGAAGGUCUCUCAUGUUCAUGCAGUGGGGUCAGUGGAUUGAUCAUGACCUUGACUUAGCCCCAGAGACUCCAGCAAGGUCUUCCUUCUUGAAGGGGAUAGAUUGUGAUGUCAGCUGUGCCCGUGCACCACCCUGCUUCCCCCUACGGAUUCCGCCAAAUGAUCCUCGAAUAAGCAAUCGAUCAGAUUGCAUACCACUGUUCCGUUCCUCUCCAGCCUGUGUAAAGGGUAGUCCCGUACGUGAGCAGAUGAAUGUUCUUACUUCGUACAUAGAUGCCAGCCAGGUCUAUGGCAGCACCAAUAAAGUAGCCUCUGAACUCCGCAACAAUAGCAAUCAACUGGGCCUGAUGGCCGUUAAUAACCGGUUCACCGAUGGUGGCCUCGCUUACUUGCCUUUUCAAUCUGGUGGUGAAGAAGACUUCUGUCGCUUAACAAACAAAACGUCUGGUCUGCCCUGUUUUUUUGCAGGGGAUACUCGUGUGAGUGAGCAGCCCGGACUUACUGCAUUUCAUACAAUCUUUGUACGGGAACACAACCGUAUAGCUAGAGAGUUGCGUAGGUUAAACCCGAGGUGGACUGGAGAAACCUUAUUCCAAGAGACAAGGAAAAUUAUUGGAGCAGUGAAUCAGAAAAUAAACUACAAGGAUUGGCUUCCUUUGCUACUGGGACCUGAAAUGUCUCGUGUGCUCCCUCGUUACAGAAGAUACAAUGAAUCUGUAAACCCUGGGGCAUCAAAUGUGUUCAGUUUAGUAUUUCGUAUGGGCCACACAAUGAUCCAACCGUUCAUCUACAGGCUGGUGGAAAAUUAUAGACGUUCAUCAAGCCUUCCACCAGUCCCUCUUCACCUUACCUUCUUCAAUACUUGGAGGGUAGUAAGAGAAGGUGGUGUUGACCCUCUUCUUCGUGGCCUUAUGGCAAAUAAGGCCAAACUAAACCGCCAGAACCAGAUUUUGGUUGAUGAGCUCCGCGAACAUCUCUUUGAGCUUUUUAAAAGGCUUGGCCUUGAUUUAGGUGCCAUCAACAUGCAACGUGGCCGAGAACAUGGGCUCCCAGGAUACAAUGCGUUUAGGAGAUUUUGUGGGCUUUCUCAACCUCAAAAUCUCACACAACUGGCUCAAGUGAUGGGCAAUAAACAACUGGCUGAGAAAUUGAUGUCGCUGUACGGGACACCCAACAAUAUUGACAUCUGGAUGGGUGCUGUUGCUGAGCCGCUGGUCACAAAUGGCAGAGUGGGCAAACUGCUGGCCUGUUUGAUUGGGGACCAGUUCCGCAGGAGCCGUGAUGGGGACAGAUUUUACUACGAGAAGCCGGGUGAGUUCACGGUGGCUCAACUGAACGCAAUACAGAGGGCGACAAUGUCAAGAAUCAUUUGUGACAACACAAGGAUUACUAAGGUCCCCAAAAAUGUAUUUGUGGCUAACGAGUACCCAAGAGAUUUUGUGAACUGCACCAGUAUCCCAAGACUAGAUUUAAGCCCAUGGAGAAAAAGGAAAAGCGGAGAAGAACUUGAGGACCAUGAUGAAUAAACAGAGCAGAAUAAGAUAUAUUUGUCUAUGGGACAUGCGCAGAACUGCACUGAUAUCUUUUUAACAAACUCUUUUGGAAAGAGUCUUUGGACUACAGAAUUUCUUUCUUGUUCUGGUCUCCAUCUUUUUUAGAAAUGUACAAUCGUAACACAUUACCCCAUAGCAUUAAUCUAAAAUGUAUGUGUGUUCGGACCCAGGAGAUUUAUUUAGAAAGGGGUCGGUUUCUACUUUAUUCUUGUUCUCAGUUCAAUAUGACAAAAACUGUAACAGAUCACAAAUGACAAAUUAAAUACAAAAUGUUUCAGUGCUGGUUA